UAAGGGGGACAGCGGCGCCGGUCCGUCACCACGGAGACCAUGGCUCAUCUGCUCCACACCGCCUUCCUCCUGGUCUGCUGCCUGGAGCUGCUGCAGGGCCGAGCCUCAGAGUACCAGCUGGACUCAGAGAUGCUCAGCCCGUGUGAAUCGCUGAGGGCCACAGCUGUUGCCGAGCAACGAGGUGACUCCCCCCACUGUGCCCACCAUGGCGGAUUCAGGCCCGUGCAGUGCAGUGGGCCGGGUCACGAGUGUUGGUGCGUUGAUCCUGAAGGUGCUGAGGUCGUCGGGACUCGAACCAACAACUCUGCUACUCACUGUGCGACUCCCUGCCAGCAGCAGGCGGUCCUGCGUUGCUCUCCUUCGGGCCUGUUUGAGUCCGUUCAGUGUGAGCCCAGCAGGGGGCAGUGCUGGUGUGUGGAUCAGGACGGGAUGGAGCUCUACGGGACCCGACAGGACGGGACGCCUGAGCGCUGCCCCGGUAGCUGUGAGGUGAGGACCAGACGCCUCCUGCACGGCCUCGGGUCUCACUCUCCUCCUCAGUGCGCCCCGGACGGGAGCUUCCUGCCGGUGCAGUGUAAAUUCAUCAACAGCACCGAGGGAGCCGAGCUGGACCUGCUGCUCACCUUCAACAGGUUCCCAGAAGCCUUUGAGACAUUCGGUAGUUUCAGGAAGUUUUUCCCGAUGGUUUCCUCGUUUUGCUUCUGUUCAGACAGCCGAGGCAGAGAGCUGGACAACACGGGUGUGGAGCUCCUCCUCUCCCAGGUGUACGACUCUGCGUUCUCGGGCCUCCGGUCCGGUCGCUCCGUCUCUCAGACAAACGUCUACCGCGUGCUGCAGAGGAGGAUGCUGGGAGUUCUCCUCGCCCUCACCGGACACUUCAGAUGUCCGUCUGCCUGCGAGGAGGAGCGGCGGGCCGCCGUGGAGACGUCCAGUGCUUACGUCCCGUCCUGUGAGAGCGGAGGAGCCUUCACCUCCAGGCAGUGCCAGCGGGGGGGGCAGUGCUGGUGCGUGGACCCGACGGGGGCGGAGCUUCCUGGGACGCGGCGUUUUGGAGACUCGCUGGUCUGUGGUCUCUCUGUUUGUCCCUCUCAGCGCCGCAUGGCUCUCUCUCGGCUCUUCUCCGGUCCGGUGGAUCCUUCCUUCCGGGCUGCCUCCGGCAGACCCCCGGCGACCUGUCACUCCCUUCUCCGGCCCCUCGAGGAGCUCUUACCGGCGGGGACCGACCCGACCUCCUUCCUGUCUCUCCUGGUGGAGGUCCUGCACGGCCUCUUCCCCUCGGCGGGUGGGGCUCUGCGGGCUCUGGCUGGCUCCUCCCCCCGUCGCCUCCAGGAGAACCUGUUCGGAGGGAAGUUCCUGAAAAACGCCGCCUCCUUUAACUUCAGCGGCGCGGUGGGAUCCCGCGGGGCGCUCGGCUCCCAGAGCGUCGGCCUCGGGGAGCACCGGGACCUGGUCUGGGCCGUGAGCGGCGCCCUGGAGAACCCGGCCUUCCUCUCGGCCCUUCAACACACGCUGAGCAGCAGCUCGCCUGCUUCCUCGUUGCAGCAGGUUCUGGCUCCUCUGCUGCGUUCCUGCUCUGAGGACCAACAGCCGGCGGCCAUCUUUGUCCCCAGCUGCACGUCCGGUGGCGGUUUCCGGGAGGUCCAGUGCUGGGCCGGGGACUGCUGGUGCGUCGACGCUGGAGGUCGGGAGGUAGCUGGCUCGCGCACCGCCGCCGGCCGGCCGCGCUGCGCGAGCCGCUGCGAGGGGCAGAGGGCGGCGGCGCUGGAGGUCCAGGCAAAGAUGGCUGCCGGCGCCGAGCUCCACGUGCCGGCGUGCUCCGAGAGCGGCGACUUCCUGCCGCUGCAGUGCGUCGGGGUGCGUUGCUUCUGCGUGGACGCAGAGGGGACAAAGAUGGACGCCGAGGGGACAGAGAUGGACGCCGUCACAUGUCCAAAGAGGACUCAGGGGCUUCAGUCAUCUAAAGGGAGCUGCGCCCGCGCGUCAGACGAGGUCGCCGCCUUCAGACAGGAAGUGGAGAGCGUCGUCGCCAUGUCCAACUCCUCCCACCUGCCGCUGGGAUACGGAUUCCUAUUGGCCAGAGGUCUGCGUCUGACCCCGGAGGAGCUUCUCGUCGGCCAAUCGGAGGAGGAGUUGCAGAUCUCCGACGGGCUUCUGGGCCGCUCCAGCGCCGCUCUGCGAUUGGCCGCUUUCUCCACUGUCCAGAUGUUCCUGCCUCCCCGGCGUCGCUCCUACCGCCCGUACAACCCCCAGUGCCAGGCCGACGGAGAGUGGUUACACACCCAGUGUUACCACAGCACAGGUCAGUGUUGGUGCGUUGAUGAAGAGGGAGACUACAUCGCUGAGUCUCUGACCAGCCGCUCGCUCCGCCUGCCCACAUGUCUGACACGCUGCCAGAGAGCUCAGACUCACUCGCUGCUCUCUGGUUGGAUGAAAGGAUCUGAUGACAUCACUUCAUCGUACCGACCGGAGUGUGACGAGGACGGCGGCUUCUCGGUGCUGCAGACAGGUGGCGCUGCCGGCUGGUGUGUGAACCAUGUGACCGGAGAGACCAUGCAGAUGGCGACGCGGAGCCCUGCAGGACACCUGACAUGUCCCAGCAGGUGCGAGCUGCGUGGCUCCCAGUGUCGCCCCGACGGCUCCUUUGUCCCUCUGCAGUGUGACAUCACUUCCUGCUGGUGCGUCGCCGAGGACGGGCAUGAAGUGGGCGGGACCUCAACCCCCCGGCGGACGGGCCGAACGCCAUCAUGUGACCGUCCCCUCUGUCCCACCCCCGCCGUUUCCCAUGGUGCACUGGUGUGCCGCCCGGCCACCAACGGUGGGCAGGAUUGCGACCUCGUCUGUCACCGGGGUUACCGGAACGCGCUGCCUGUCAGCAGCUUCCGGUGCCGGGCCGGGAGUCGUCAGUGGGAGGGAGGCAACGGGCCGGUGGGCGGAGCCUGUCAGGUCCCUCAGCCCCUCCAGUCGGUGUCGUCCUCUCAGCUGUGGACGUUGUCCUCGUCCUGCUCUCAGAUCAGCAGCUUACAGUCCCUGUUGUCCUCCAUGAUGACCAGCAGGGGGCUCUGCUCUGCACAGCUCCCAGUGUCCCGUCUCUCUGUGUCGUUGUGCGAUGACUCCUCGGUGCGUUUGUUGUGCGCUGGUGAUGACACUCUGAAAGUGACCUUCACCUGGACCGCCCACCUGUCUGACCUCCCGACCUCUGACCUCCCCAACCUCCACGACAUCGGUCUCUUUAUGAACGAGUCUAGAUUCCUGAAAGGCAUCCAAGGGCUUCUGGGUAAUAUCCGGCCCAUGCUUUCAUCACAACCUAAUCUUGUCUCCGUGACGACGGCGAGCUUCGGUUGUUCCCGCGGUUACCAGCUGGCCGGAGACGGUGAAGUCUGCGUUGUGUGUCCCGCUGGGAGCUACUCUGGCGAGGGGGCGUGUCUUCUUUGUCCAGAGGGAACAUAUCAGGACGAAGAGGGGCAGGACUUAUGCCACAGGUGCCCAAGGGGCUCAUCGCCUCCCGGAGCAUCAUCUGUCAAUCAAUGUCUGACUGAGUGUCAGAGGCGGGGCCUGCGUUGCUCGGAGCAGGGCGACUUCCUCCCGGCACAGCGCGACUUCCUGUUCGGCAGGUGGAGGUGCUUCGACAGCGAGGGGGCGGAGCUUGAGUGGACCAACAGGGACGAGCCUUGGACCGAUGAUGAGUGCUCAGUUCUCAACAAGUUUCAGGCUGUUCCUGGAUCACGUCUGAUUAUCGGAGCUGAAGACGCAGAAGUCCUGCAAACAAUGACCUCUGACCUCACAUCCUGUGUGCAAGCGUGUGCAGUGGAGCCGUCCUGCCACCAUGUGGCGCUGAUCAACACAAGGAGUGUGUGUGAACUGUACAGCACGCACACAAUGAACACACACUGCAACUCCUCCCAGCAGACCAUUGGCUUUCUGGGUAAUCCGCGGGCCGAGCUCUUUGAUUCGCUGAGCUGCUCCCUGAGAGUGAGGGGCGGGACUUCUGAUCAGCUGGUUGUCCGAAAAAAAGGCGAGGAGUUUGAGAGGCUGACGAUGACGAAGGCCGUCUCAGGUGUGUUCAGGACUCAGGUGUUCCCCUCCCCGACCUCCCUCUCCGACGCACACCGCUUCUGUCAGGACGGCUGCAGCCGCGACGCCUGUUGCGACGGGUUUGUCCUCAACCGGAACAGCCUGAGCGGAGGGUCCAUGCUGUGUGGUUGGCUGAGAGCUCCGUCAGUCUUGAUGUGCGGGGACCGGGACUGGGACAUGAGGGGACAUGGGACAGCUAAUCGCAUCUGUGGGGCGGGGCUCACCUACAACGAGCAACAGAGCAGCUUCGUCUUUGACUUCGGAGGACAGAAGUUCAACAUUAAUGAAUCGUCUCUUCCGGCCGACACGAAGAACCAGAAGGACUACCAGGCUUCCAUCGUCAGCUUCCAGGCCGUCUACCUGAAGCCCGAUGGUGAUUCAGCAGCUGGUGGUUCUGAUUCUUCUUUGUGUGCCGCAGCAGAACUCAGUCCUCCUCCGGAUGCCUCGGUGCGGGGGAAGUUCGAUCCCCUCUCUGAAGAAGACGUGCUUGUGGACCCUCUUCGUGCCCUCCCCUCGCUCUCCUUCUGGCUCAACAGGAGGAACUAUGACUCCCAGAAGGCACUGCUCUGGUGCCUCACACGGUGCGACGGCGAGCCUCGCUGCUCCGUGGCCGACCUCGGGGACGCCGACUGGCCGGGAUUCUUCGUCUGCUCGCUGCACGCCGACGGCAGCCAGUGUGGAGCGUACCACGAGCCGCUGAGGAGCCGCUGCCGCCCCCUGCUGGGCAGGGCCCCCCACAACGCCCACGCCAAGAGGGUGGAUCUCUCUGGACCGGUCAGAAGUUUCUACGAGAGAGUUCCCUUCCAGAAGAUGGUCUCCUACUCGAUACGCAGCCGAGUCAGCCUGAGAGAAACCACACGGCUGUCACAGGGGUUCAUGGAGUGUGAGCGGCGUUGUGAUGAGGAUCCUUGUUGCCGCGGUAUCGGCUUCGUCCAGGACAUGGCAUCGCAAGCAGGCGGGUCCGGCGUGGUGUGUGUGUCACUCAUCAGUCUCGGGGUUCAAACCUGCAGUGAGGUUGCUAUGACGACCUGGAGGACUCAGGACUGCUCCCCCUCUGUGGUGAAGACCUCACAGGACCCCUUCGGCUGGUACCAGAAACCCGUGAAUCAGUGGAGUUCUGCUCCGGCUCUUUGUCCUCAGUUCAGCCUGCCAACAACUAACGUGUCUCUGGACCAAUGGCGUCUUCUCUCUGACUCAUCAUUCCUGGUCGACCCGUCCGUCUCCACGUAUGAUGUCAUCCACGUGAGCCGUGACAUUGCCACCAACAUGGAAAAGACCAGGGACUGGUGUCUCCAUGCGUGUCAGGAGGCGGAGUCCUGUGUCGCCGUGUCACUCGCCGAGGAGGUGUCCGCCACCCGCUGCGUCCUCUACCCCGACACCACGGCCUGCGGACUAGACUCCGCCCCCGGCUCGUCCAGCCCCGCCUCCUCCUGCAGACUGGUCAUCAGAGAGCCUGCUCCCAAGGUGUACCUUAGGACAGAGCGGUUGUCCACGGUUACGUCCUUCUCCGUGCCGGGUCACGGGACCCUGCGAGGUGCUGUCGUGGAAACGUCCUUGGGCUCGGACAGGAAGCCGGUGGUUCAGUUCCUGGGCGUCCCGUACGCUCGUCCACCAACCGGAUCGUUGCGCUUCGAGGCAGCUCGGCCGUCUGAUUGGUCGGGAGACUGGGACGCCACCAGGCCCCGUCCUAGCUGUAUCCAGCCUGGUGAUGAAGACUCUCCUUCCUCCAGUGAAGACUGUCUCUACCUCAACAUCUUCAUUCCUGCUUCUCUGAGGGGUCGCGUCCCAGUCCUGGUUUUCUUCUUCAACCCCUCGGCCAAUCAGAGCCCAGGCCUGUUGGAUGGCUCCACCCUCGCUGCUGUGGGUGAUGUUGUGGUGGUAACUGCAAGCUACAGGACCGCGGCCCUGGGAUUCCUGAGCACAGGUUCGGCUGGUCUCCGUGGUAACUACGGGCUGUCGGACCAAGAGGCGGCGCUCCGUUGGGUUAACGCCCACAUCGCUCUGGUGGGCGGAGACAACAGGACCGUGACGGUGGGGUCGGAGCGAGGAGGCGCUGACAUCACCAGCCUUCACCUCCUCUCCUCUCCCUCUCCUCCUCCGUUCCAGCGGAUGAUGCUGAUGGGCGGUUCUGUCUUUUCUCCGUCCCUGGUCCAGACCUCCUCCGCCUCCAGACGCCGGGCGGUGCAUCUGGCCAAAGAGCUCGGCUGCGUGACAUCGGACCAGGCCGACGCCGAUGAUGAGGCGAUGGCCGCCUGCCUCCGAGCGGCGCCUGCGUUCGCGCUGAACGCUGCUCAGACCAAACUGUUGGCGGUGAGCGGCCCCUUCCAGUCCUGGGCUCCGGCUCGUCCGUCCUCCUCCCGGCCCUCCCUCCACAGGGUGGACCUCCUGCUGGGGUCAUCGCAACACGACGGUCUGAUAAGCCGCGCUCGCAGGAUAAAGGACUUCGAGGCCCUUCGGGGUCGAGCCGAUGGGAAGACGGCGUUCUACGAGGCUUUGAGCCGCUCACUGGGCGGCGCAACAGGAAGUGACCUGCUGAAGGAGGUGGCGGCAUGGUUCUACUCUCUGGAUCACGGCCCCUCGCCUGCUGGGUACAACCGGUUCUCCAGAGCGCUCGACAACGCUACCAGAGAUCUGUUUAUCAUCUGUCCCAGUCUGCAGAUGGCUAGCCACUGGGCUAAAAGCAAAGCUAAUGUCUUCCUGUACCACCAACCUGCCACCAGCUCUCACAACAGGGCCGAUGUGUCCGUUCCUCUGGAUGUUCAGUUGGUGUUCGGGACGCCUCAUCACCCAAUGAGCUCGCAGCGUUUCACCUCCUCUGACCGACGCCUCUCUCUGGCCAUGAUGACCUACGUCUCCAGCUUCAUCAAGAGCGGGAACCCAAACCCUUCGCGUAUGUGGGCGGAGUCAGUUUUGCCCCGCUGGCAGCCGGUGCUGUCCUCUCAGGCCCCGCCCAUCUACCUGCAGAUAAGCUCCGCCCUCCAACAGCGUCAGGGGCUGAGUCAGAGCUCCUGCUCGUUAUGGAGCCAACUGGGAACCAAGCUGACCAGUCUGAGCGGUAUAUCGGGGGCGGAGCCUGUCCAGCUUGUGUUGAUCCCUGAGCUCCCACUGGUUCAACCAUCCAGCCAAUCACAGACUGAGAAAGAUGCCUACAAUUGAACUAGUGACAUCAUUGGCAUCAUCCUUUCCUGUUGUUUCCUGAUCUGAAAAUGUG